AUGGAGGAGCCCGGGAUCCGGAGCCAGAAGCUGGACAACCAGCGGUCGGUCCUGAUUAAGAAGCAGCAGAAGAAGCGGGCCGACGCCCAGAUGGUGAAGGCCAAUAGCGACACUCGACCCAAGAACCGCAAACACAAGCCCCGCCCCUCGGAUGACACAGCACUGCUGAUCAGCCAAUCACAGAGCAACACUUCACUGAGUGACUUCCAGGUGGAGCACGCCCACGACAACCCGCUGGAGGAGAUCCUCCUGGGGGCCCGUGGCGUCACCACCACCAUGACCGCCGACGAGGGGCCCCUGGAGAGGGCCCCGGAGAGGACCCCCUGCGCCCCCGGGACCUGGACCCAGGAGGGGGCCUGGGAGGCGGGGCCUCAGCAGGAGGGGGAGGAGGACGGAGGGCGGGAGGAGGAGAUAAACACCAAGAAGAAAGCCGGGAAGAAAGCCAAAGGGUUGCAGCCAAGCGAGAUAGAAGAGAGAGAGAAGAACAAGAGGAAGGAGAAGAAGAGCAAGAAGAAGGAGACGGAGGGCCGAGGAGCGACCUUUGACCCCGAUCAGGAAGGCAAAGAGCCCACGAGGGGAGAAGAGAAGGAACUCUUGGAGCCCCGAGACGCCGCGACGGAUUCUGGGGUGGGAUUUGCGACUGCCGCAGACGACAAAACGAGUGACAGUGAAGAGAAGAGCUGCCCGCCCGCCCCUCGGAAGAAACAGCAGCUCUCCACAUCCAGGUGCCAAAUAAGCGACGACAAGAGUGAUGACCAAGCAGAGGUUCCUGAGGAAGAAAGAACUCUGAAGAAGAAGAAAAAAGAAGAAAAGAAGAAAAGUCUGGCCUUGCUGAACUCCAACCCCAGGGGGGGGUCGUCGGCGUCCGGCUCCGUGGAGAGGUGCACCUCCCCCGUCUCCCAGGAGGACCUGCUGGGGUUCGCCCUGAACCCGGCCCCCCGGGAGCAGACCCUGCAGUGCCGGAUCACCAGGGACCGGAGGGGCGUGGAGAAGGGCAUGUACCCCACCUACUACCUGCACCUGGAGAAGGAGGACGGCAAGCGGGUGUUUCUGAUGGCUGGCAGGAAGAGGAAGAAAUGCAAGACAUCCAACUACCUCAUCUCCAUCGACCCCACGGACCUGUCUAGAGAGACCCACAGCUACAUCGGAAAACUCAGGUCCAACAUUCUGGGCACAAGGUUCAGCGUCUACGACGGAGGGGAGAACCCGGAGAAGAAGCCCUUCGUCAAGGAGUGUGAAUCGGUUCGGCAAGAGCUAGCAGCCGUUUGCUACGAGAAGAACGUUCUCGGCUUAAAGGGUCCCAGGAAAAUGACGGUCAUCAUUCCUGGCAUGCUGGCAAACGACGAGCGAGCGUGCAUCCGCCCAAAGACCGACACCGAGACGCUACUGGUUCGCCAUGACAACGGGAACACAGACAACCUGGUGACGCUGGUCAAUAAAUCCCCCAGCUGGAACGAGCAGAGCCAGUCCUACGUGCUCAACUUCCACGGCCGCGUCACCCAGGCCUCCGUCAAGAACUUCCAGAUCGUCCAUCCAGAGAACGAGGACUACAUCGUGAUGCAGUUUGGCCGGGUGGCGGAGGACGUGUUCUCCAUGGACUACAGCUUCCCGCUGUGUGCCCUCCAGGCCUUUGCCAUCACACUCUCCUCCUUCGAUGGCAAACUGGCCUGUGAGUAG